AUGUCGACACAGCCUUACCAGGACCCAGAAGUUGCCUUCCCUCCUAGAUCUGACUUGAGCUCAGAGAGUCUGGGAUCGACAUUGCCAGAGAAGAAAGGCAUUCAUGUUGAAACGACAUCGAUCAGACCGUCCGAUAGCGACGUGGAAUUGGGUGAAUUAUCCCAGGAUGAGGAUGACAACCUUGCCCAUUGGGAGAGUCCCAGUGAUCCUCAGAAUCCUCAGAAUUGGGCGAGCACUCGCAAGUGGCUGACAAUCGGCCUUAUUUCCUUGAGCAGUUACAAUGUUUCUCUGGUAUCAACCAUCUUUUCACCAGCCGUGCCGCAGGUUAUGGAUGAGUUCCAUACCGACAACUCGUCUAUCUCCUCGCUGGUUGUCUCGAUCUACGUCAUGGGCGCGGCAAUUGGACCUCUCAUCCUGACCCCAAUUACGGAGAUGAGUGGCAGGCUUCCCAUGACGCACGCGGCGAACUUCUUGUUUUUUAUUGCGGCAAUUGUGUGCGGUGCCAGCGUCAAUAUGCCGAUGCUGAUCAUCUCUCGACUGGUGAUGGGACUGGCUAGCUCCGUUCCAGUGACAGUAGGGGGAGGAUACGUCAGCGACAUGAUGAAGAUGGAGGAACGAGGGACUGCGAUGACAGUCUGGACGGUGGGACCUCUCCUUGGUUUUGUUACUGGCCCUAUUUUCGGGGGCUUUAUGGCCCAGAAUGUCGGAUGGCGGUGGACAGUCUGGCUUGAAGCCAUUGCUGGAGCCUUUAUUGCAGUGGGAUCGUUGAUUCUUCUCCGAGAGACAUAUGCGCCUACUAUUCUCCAGCGGAAAGCUAUGCAGCUGCAGAAGGAAACAGGACGUCGCUAUCGAACCAAAUACGAUUCCGACCAGACGAUGGGCCAGAUGCUGCGGAUGUCUCUGACUCGGCCGGUCAAAUUCCUCGUCUUGUCGCCCAUUGUCAUGAUCGUGUCAUUGUACAGCGCUGUCACCUACAGUUAUAUGUACAUCCUCUUCACGACCUUCACGAAUGUCUUCGAGACGGUCUACAACUUCAGUCCGGGUGAGGCCGGCCUCGGCUACCUGGGAAUCGGGAUGGGGUUCACGUUCGGACAGAUCACGGUGGGCUGCUUCUCCGACCGAUAUGUCAAGCGGCAAGAGCAGAUUCAUGGCAAGAUGAAGCCCGAGGACCGGCUCCCACCGCUGGUACUGGGGUGUUGUCUUGUGCCUAUCGGCCUGCUUUGGUACGGCUGGUCCGCUGAGUGCCAGACGCACUGGAUUGUGCCCAUCAUGGGAACCUUCUUCCUCGGCGCCGGGAUCUUCUAUGUGCACUUGGUGACGCAGGUGUACCUGGUGGAUGCCUACACUACAUACGCCGCUAGUGCGGUGUCUGCGGAGCUUUGUCUGCGGUCGAUCUUCGGCGCCACCAUCCCCCUUGCAGGGACCCAUCUGUACAACAGCCUAGGACUGGGCUGGGGGAAUAGUCUAUUGGCGUUCGUUGCCGCCGCGUUUGCGCCUACCACGCUGUUCCUGUUGAAAUACGGGGAGAGUAUCCGAACAAACCCUAAGUUUCUACCUAACCUGACAUGA